AGCUCACUGGAGCAGGAAGUUUUGAAUGACGAGUUCAGAUUUAAAGCUCGGUGGAGCCGGUAGCCUCGAAAUGGCAGAAGUGUGUGUGAAUGAAGGAGAGGAGGCGCUCCAGUCCCUCACUGUUACUGUAGGAGCCACUGUACCUACAGGCUUUGAACACACUGCAGCUGAGGAGGUGCAGGAAAAAAUAGGAGCCAGUGCCAGAGUUAGCAAAGAUCGAGGCAGAAUUUAUUUCGAAAUAACUACGGAUCAUCUGCAGAAGGUGCACCAUUUAAAGUCUGUGGACAAUCUGUUUGUCGUAGUCAAGCAUUAUGACAAGUAUCAGUUCAAAGAAGCAAAGGAAGAAGCUUUAUUAGACCUGCAGCAGCUUGCUCCUCUGUUGCCCUGGAGCAGUGCUUUGGAGGUGUGGAACAUAAAUAACUCGCUGAAGAAGAAAAGGAGCCGUAGGAGAGGAGCUGCGAACCCCAAAAUGAAGUCUAGCGAUGCCCCUGAACCUGAGAAAGACCAAGCAGAGUCUGAUGCGACACAACAAAACGAGAGGCCUGGAAAUGCCUGUCCCAUGCAGGAGCCCUGUCCUGAAGGAGAGCAGGACUCUGACAUUCAGGCAACAGAAGCUAAGCCUCUAAAAUUCCGUGUGACUUGUAAUCGAGCCGGAGACAAGCACAGCUUCACUUCAAAUGACGCAGCACGGGACUUUGGUGGUGCUGUGCAAGAGUUCUUUCAGUGGAAAGCAGACAUGACCAGGUUUGAUGUGGAAGUGCUGUUGAAUAUCCACAACAACGAGUUGGUGGUUGGCAUUGCUCUGACAGAGGAGAGUCUGCACAGAAGAAACAUCACUCACUUUGGCCCCACCACUCUGCGCUCCACCCUGGCUUAUGGGAUGCUAAGACUUUGCAAACCACAGAUAUCAGAUGUCAUAGUAGACCCCAUGUGUGGCACUGGAGCCAUACCUUUAGAGGGAGUCAUUGAGUGGCCAAAUUCAUUCUUCCUUUCUGGAGACAACAAUGACAUGGCCAUCGGUCGAACAGUUAAUAACAUCAACCACAUUGUAAAGAAAAAGCAAGAUGGUGGCAGCACUUCUCCAGGUUUAUCUAUAGACACUGCACAAUGGGACCUGUGCCAUUUACCCUUGAGGACUAGUUCUGUGGACAUCAUCACCACUGACAUGCCCUUUGGAAAGAGAAUGGGCUCAAGGAAGAAGAACUGGGAUCUGUAUCCUUCUUGUCUUCGAGAAAUGGCACGGGUCUGCAGGCCAGGCACAGGACGGGCUGUAUUGCUCACCCAGGACAAAAAAUGCUUCACUAAGGCCCUAUCACGUAUGGGAGGGCUGUGGAGGAAAUCGCACACUGUUUGGGUAAAUGUAGGAGGGCUGCAUGCUGGUGUUUUUGUGCUGCGCCGCACGGCAGCACUUUUUGGUACCAACCCAGAAGAUGUAAGAGAGCCUUAUAUGGGAUGUGAGUCACAAGAAGUCAACAUGGAGGAAGAGGGUCAGUUAGCCAGUACUGAAUGAGUUAUCGUUGUAAAUGAAUGUACCGUAUAUUAUGCAUGUAAAAAUUUUACCCCAUCAGUUUGGUCAUAUUUCAGUUUUAGUUCUGUUGGAGUACAAGGUUCUUUUCACAUAUCAGCAACACAGGAUAUCUGAGAAUGCUUUGUUUCUAGAAAUAUGCAUCUCUGGAAAAUUACAUAACGUCUUGCUCUCUGACUGGCGUGCCAGUAAGUUCAACAAAUGUGUAACGACUUCCUUUCAAAUCAAACAAAUGUGUGUCGAUUACCCACCUUUGGUCCUAGUCUUCCUGCAGAGAACACAGGAAGUGGUCUCAGGCUGAAUCAUUUACUUUCCCACACAUCAAACGCAAGAUGUUUUUUUCCCCAAGGCUCAUGACAUCAUUCUUGGAAGACGUUUUUAUCCCACAGGACGUCAACAUUUGGUUUUAGUUGGUGAUGCUUGGAAACACUGACUCCAAAAGUACAAAAAAAACUUCAAAAAAAAAGAGCAGUUUAAAAUAGUUAUGACCAGUAAAUUUGCCUUGAUAUAUUUUGCUAAAGAAUUUGCUUAUGAGAGAAAUGUAUUUCAUUGUUUUCAUGUAGGGUGAAUUCAGAUAUAUUGGGACAGUUUUUAAUUUCAACCUUGGCUAAACCUUCUUGAGGUACAAUACAUGAGUGAAUAAAUGAA